CGACUGGGAGCUGCCAUCCAAGAACUGUUGGUCCAAGAGACCUACAAGCCUUCUUCGUAAACCAUCCUCUGUUUUAGUCCUCUGCUGUUCUAUACUUCUCAAAAGUGCUCGCUCAAGCAUGAUCUACGACGUCGCCAUCAUCGGGGCUGGGCCAUGCGGACUAGCAACCGCAGCCAGGUUGCGUGAGUCAACGCCCUCAGCUCUCUUCACCGACGAUGAGCACGAGAGAUAUUGGCGGAGGUUCAAACGUACAGAGACGAUUGAGACCGAGAAGAAACGCCAGCGAAAAGCAAGCAGCGCAUCCACUUCGUCAAAACCCGAGCCGCCAUCAAGGUCGAUGAUUGUGCUCGAUGCACAUUCAAAUCAAUGGAUGUCUGCAUGGAAAGAGAGGUUUAAGCACUUGCAAAUUGAACACCUUCGGAGUCCUCUGUUUUUCCAUCCAGAUCCCCGAGAUCGAGACGGACUUUUAGGCUACUCGCAUUUCCAUGAUCGUGCUGAAGAGUUGCACGAAAUCCAUAAUGUUGUUGGCAGGGAGCUCAGCAAGCACCGAACAAAGAAGAAGCGCGAUAAGAAGGUUGCUCGACAUCUCCGUAUCGAUGAUAGAGACCGUGUCGACUACUUCACACCGUCCACCCAAUUGUUUGACGACUUUUGCGAGGAUAUUAUCGAUCGUUACCAGCUCCACAACAUGAUAGUGCAAGCACGGGUUCAGCACAUAGAUUAUGGAGAUCUUGGAAGUGUGACAAACCCCAAAGUGUUUGCAUUGACAACAGAUCAAGGCACGAUCUUUUCAAAAACGGUCGUAUUGGCAGUCGGGCCAGGUGCCAAGCCACAGAUUCCACUUGACUGCCACCUUCGUCUUGACAUGCACCAGGGUAGUGUGUGCCAUUGUUUCGAAGAGGUCGGAUCCUCUUGUGUACCGGAUCAUGUAUCAUGCAAGAUAAAGGAGAGACAACCUACAUCGGUGGUUGUAGUUGGAGGAGGGUUGACCAGCGCGCAAAUUGCUGAUCUACUUCUCUCACGAGGAGUUACGAAGGUAUUCCUGCUAUUGCGAGGCAAGUACAAGUUGAAACAUUUCGACGUGGAUCUCGAGUGGGUGUCAAAGGUCCGCAACCAGCAGAUGUCAGUAUUCUGGUCCGCAGAUAGUGAUGAGGGUACGUUGUGGAGUCAGAAUGGCUUUCUGAAGUGGCUAACUGGGGGAUUAGAGAGAUUCGAAAUGCUGAAAAUGGCUCGGAACGGAGGAAGCAUCACACCUUCCUAUGACAAGAUCUUGAAGAGACAUGUUGCAAAUGGCCGACUUCGCAUUCUUCCAUAUACGUGUAUCGAAGAUGGCACUUGGUGUGGCACAAGUCAAACUUGGACUCUUUGGCUCUCAUCAAUAUCGAACUCCGAAAACGUUCUGUCGGGGAUCGAUCAUGUUAUAUAUGCUACAGGGUCGGCUCCGAAUAUUUGCAAUGUUCCCUGCAUGCAACGAAUGUUGACGGAAUACCCUCUUGAAUCCAUCAAUGGGCUGGCAAGAAUUACUGAAGACUUGAUGUGGCAAGACGACGUUCCAUUGUUUCUCACCGGUGGUCUUGCUGGUUUGCGGCUUGGACCAGGAGCUGCGAACUUGGCAGGUGCAAGGCAAGGUGCUGAGAGGAUUGCUUGGAAGAUUGACGAAAUACUGGGAAGACCAGAGGUGGAUGUGGAUGGUUCGGAGUCCGGGAGUACUCCAACAGCAGAAGAGGCACUUUUACUGAGCCCAAGCAAAAUCUCUCUGAGUCGAGACAGGAGCGAGUUUACUGGAUCUUUCAACAACCAAUUUGAGGCUCUCAGUAUACAGCCUGAUCGAAUUUAAGAUGGCGGACAGCUGCGAUAUAGAGUCUUCAACCCCCUCAAACAAGCAAAUAACAUUGCAAAUGUCCCUAGAUGUGAAAGAAUAGCUCGGUAAAUCUUUGUCGAUCUUUGUCGAUCUUUGUACAGCCAACGAAGGAUCAGGUGCGCGUUGGCCGGCGCCGGCUUCAGGGAGAUGAGAAUGUAAUAGUUGAUUUUUGGUGCGUCGAUUCGCUAGUCCUGUUGCUUUUGGGAUCCGCCAUACCCUGGGCACCAUAUGGUGUCACAUCCCAAUCCAUGACACCAUGAUCCUCGGGAUAGAUAAAGCUUCCACAAUAUGUUUCUCUAGAUCGACGGCUGAUCUUUAAGAGGAAGAUAGCAUCGCAAAUAAGCCAUGGAAUGCUCUUGCAGGAGCAACGAUGCUUUGAUUACCGAAGCUGAAGUUCUUCAAGAACGCGUCCUUGCGUGUGAUCGUAUUUCAUGGCCGCUGCGAGACGUUAUUGUCUGACUUCCACCGCCAAACGCACCAUUCGAUCAAGCAUUCGUCGUCCCAGUCCUUGACAUCUGCCUGCUCUUUGCCUUCUUCAAUAGCCUCCAAUCCUCCCGCUUCUAGAAGCUGCCAUAACUCACGAAGGUGAUCCAGGUAAGCAACGCGCAAGGGAUAAGCUAUGAUCACUCUAGCCAACGGCCCCGGAGUGAGCCAUCGCAGGAUUGUCCUCGACAGAAGUUCAGGAUGUUCUUCGCUAUAAAUCGUGUCCGCUGCCAAGAUCACCGAGGCAGGGUCUUUGGCUGGGGUGAGAGUGCUUCCGUCCUCGAGGCUGAGCAGCUCCGGUGAGUCCCAAUCAAGUGAGCCACAGUUGACACGAUUCCCGGUGCAUUUCAAAUUCAGGGCGAUGUUUGCAGCAAUGCCAGGGAGAAGUGGUGCCAAGUCUGUCAAACAGACUGGUGUCUCCCACACCGUGGCGGCGGUCAACCCGACAAGUCCAGUCCCAGAGCCAAGCUCCAGGAUCGGCAAUGAGCUCGAGCGAGAUGGUUGCACAUCAAGUGUAUGGAGCUGCCUGGCAAGGACAAAGGAACUGGUCCAUGUUUGCAAGCUCAAUUGUUGGGCUCGUAGUUCAGGCUCGGUUAUUCUGAUCGACACUGUCUGGCCGUGUCCAAUAGGGACCUCGAAAGCCCGUGACAUCGGACUCUUGCUCUUGGAAUGCCAGCGUCAGUACUGUAGGUCUGCAGUAACGAGGAAAAUAUCAUUCAUCUUUAGAAUUUCGAACGUUUGGAACAGCCCUGCCAAGACCUGUGGGAAAAAGAUGGAUGACUAAGCACUUUCAAUAUCGACCAUAUCGACGACCAUCGCCAUCACCCUGGUACAGUAUUGUUCAGUUCGAUGAGGGAAUCUAGUCCGUUCUGUGUUGUAGACGAGACCAUUUUGCUGUGCUUAUUGGUUGAAUUCAGAUGAUAUUGCACACCAGCUUACUUCCUUGUCGAGAUUCGAGUCUGUCUUCUACUUGUCCUUUUUGAUCUCUCAUAUUCGCUUAUCUACUG